ACAGUACUCCAACAUCUUCUAUUCUUUGACUUGGCAAUUUCCACCUUCAAAAGGCGGGCGGCAAAAUAAUCCCACGCUACUACACGGGUAGCAUGGUAGCUUAAACCCUCAAAAAAAGAAUGUUGUUUACCUUUUUUAUUUCCAAAAAACCAAGAUAUGUCGUUGGCUAAAUACCUAAAUCGAUCCGUGGGCAUAGAGGCUGUGUCGAGAACCUGCACCCUCAGGCCAACGGAAGCCGAACAUAGCGCCAUACGUUUGUCCGCGGGAGAGAACUUUGUGGGACGCAGCAAGGAAACCGGGAUACGGGAUUCGCGCUGCUCCAAGCAGCAGCUUCGAUUGCAAGUGGACCCCAAGAGCUGUGGCAUUACCUUGAAGGUUCUGGGCAUGAACCCGUGCGGCAUUAACGGAGUGAUGGUUAUGCAGCACUCGGAAUGCGCGCUGAAGCACGGCGAUCUGGUGGAGAUUGUCUACGGCCGUCAUGGCUACGAAGUCAUAUUUAGCCCUCCACCAGUGGAUUCUACUGUGUCCGUCCCAGAGGAAGACGCACUAGCUGUGUCCGCAUCUGCCACUGUGGAGGAGAAAUGGGCUUCAGUAUCCAAUGGAAAAUUGGUCAUCUACACCAGCGCUGGAGUCGUGGCCUCCGGGAAAAUUGCCGGCUACGAUAUGGACGGCACCAUUAUUAAGACAAAGUCGGGCAAUGUAUUCCCCAAGACCACGGACGACUGGCAGAUUAUCUUUCCAGAGGUGCCAGAGAAACUUAAAAAAUUGCACAAUGAUGGCUUUAAGAUCUGUUUCUUCACCAACCAGGCCGGUAUUGCACGCGGCAAAGUAUCCCUGGAUGACUUCAAGGUCAAGAUAAAGCUAAUUGUUAAGAAGUUGGGUGUACCUAUCCAAGUUUUCAUAGCUAUCGGCGGUGGAUAUUACCGCAAGCCGCUUCCCGGCAUGUGGGAGCACCUCAAGAACGAAAUGAAUGACGGGGUAGACAUACAGCUGGACCGUUGCUUCUUUGUCGGCGAUGCCGCUGGGAGACCCGAAAUGGGCAAGGGAGCGACCAAGCAGCGCAAGGAUCACUCGCUGGCCGAUCGACUUUUCGCCUUCAACAUUGGCCUCUCGUUCUACACACCAGAAGUACAUUUCCUGGGCAAACGAUUGGAGCAGUGGAACAAGCCCGACUUUGAUCCCACUUGCGUGCACGACCAAAUAGCCCAGUUUGAGCCAAAUGAUGUCCACUUCGACGAGGACUCGUGUGAGAUGAUCAUCAUGGUCGGCCUGCCCGGAUCUGGGAAGAGUCACUUCUGUGCCGAGGUGCUGCAGAGUCGCGGCUAUGAAAUUGUCAAUGCAGACACCUUGGGCAGCACGCAGUCCUGUCUGAAUACCUGCAAACGCUUGCUGAGCUCUGGAAAAUCGUGUGUGGUGGACAAUACCAAUGUGGAUGCAGCGUCCCGAAAAAAGUUCCUUGCCCUGGCAGGCGAGCUAAAAGUUCCCUGCCGCUGCUUUGUGAUGAACGUGUCCACGGCUCAGGUUAAGCAUAAUAUUGCCUUUCGCGAACUCUUGGAAACGCCGCACUCGCAAAUCAGCGACAUGGUCUUCAACAUGAUGAAGAAGAAGUACAAGGAACCGACGCUCGACGAAGGUUUCGCCACCAUAAACAGAGUAAAUUUUGUGCCGAAGUUUGUCGACGAGAAGGAAAAGAGGCUGUACAAGAUGUAUUUGGUGGAAAAGUAAAACG